AUGGCUGAUAAAUUUCCGGAGUUAGAAGACGAAUCGGUUCAAGAUAACUUUGUUGCCAAUGACGGCGACGACACCGACUUCUUGAGAAGAGAAGCUGAAAUCCUCGGUGACGAAUUCAAGACAGAGCAGGAUUCGGAGCUUUUGACUCAGGAAGAUGAUUCCGAUUCUAAGACUUUAGGUACUUCUGUGAACGAAGCAGAUGCUAUUGCUGCUGCUUCAUACAAGGAACAAGAUAACUCUAACAACUCUACAGGAGAAGUGGAGGAGCCUUCAGUACCAGCUGGUGUAGAUGAUGAAGAAGAAGAAGAAUUUGGAGAGCUUGAGUCUAGCCAUGUGCCUGCACCAAUUAGUAGAGGAGAUUCCGAGGCUUUGAAGAACUGGAAGGAGAGACGUGAACUUGAAAUUGCUGAAAGAGACCAGGCGGAAGAGAAGGCAAAGGCUGAGUUGCAGGAGGAAGCAGCUAAACAUAUGGAUGACUUCUACGAAAAUUAUAACAUUAAAAAGCACCAAGGUAUUGAAGAGACCCGUAAGGAAGCAGAAGAGUUUUUGGCUUCUAUUCAUGGGUUUGCUUCUCAAGAUCUCAGUGUUUGGGACAAGGCUCUUCAGUUAAUUAACUUAGAAGACGCUGAUAUUGUUGAUGGCAGGGACAGAUCCAAGUUUAAAGAAAUUCUACAGAGAUUGAAGGGUAACAAUUCUGCCCCAGGAGCUGCUGGAAAGGCUGAAUAA